GUGGGAACAGAGCAAAGCAGCAGCAUGUCUGAAUUGCAGAAACUUCAGCAGACUGAAAUCCCCUCUGCCAGGCAAGUCCUGAGGGAGAAUUACAGCAAACUUCACAAAGUGGCCGACUACUGUGAGAAUAACUACAUGCAGGCAACAGACAAGAGGAAAGCCCUGGAGGAGACCAUGGCUUACAGUGCCCAGUCCUUGGCUAGCGUCGCAUACCAGAUCAGCAAUCUAGCCAGCAACGUCCUCCAACUGUUGGACCUGCAUGCAAGUGAACUCCACCAGGUUGAAGCCAACAUCUGCUGCGUUGCGCAGAUGGUGGACGUGCACAAGGAGAAAGUGGCUCGUCGGGAGAUUGGAACGCUGACAGUCUGCAAGAGGCCCCCCCACUACCAGAAAAUCAUCUAUCCAACAUACCAGGAACCCCUGGAAGCUUACUACAGGAAACCCCUCAACUUCAGCAUCCUGGAUGACGUCGGUCAUGGGAUAAAGGACCAGACCACGCAGUUGUCACGAACGGGAACCUUGACUCGGAAAGGAUCCAAGAUAUCAUCUGGACAGUCUACGGGCACCAUGGGGAAAAACUCUCGUAUCCCAGAGCCCAUUCAACUGCCUGUGGUUCCGGAAGGCAAACUCUCAGCGGCGUCCUCCACAUCGUCUUUAACAUCCCUCAGUUCCAGUGGAGCAGCUGGCAACUUCAAUGCCAAGGUGCCUGUCGCACAACUUAUGCCACCCUCAGUGCCUCCUCCAUUGGACCUAGACACAAUGCCUCCCCCUCCCCCUCCUGUAGACAUGCCCGAACCACCACCCAUCGGUUUCGAGAUGCCGCUCCCAGAUGUCCCUCCACCAUUCUCCAUGCCAGGUGCCGACUUCCUGGAGCCCCUCCCUCCGCCUCCUCCAAGCUUGACAGAGUUUGAAGAUUUUGCCCCUCCUCCUCCUCCUCCCCCCCUGGGUACAGAGGAACCUGCGUGGGCGCCAGACAGCUACUUGGAGAAAGUGGUGACCCUCUACCCCUACACUCAGCAAAAGGAGAACGAGCUCUCGUUCCCAGAAGGGGCCGUCAUUUACAUGACCCGGAAGCACUCGGACGGUUGGUGCGAGGGCGUGACCAGCGAGGCAGAGGGGUUCUUCCCAGGCAACUACGUGGAACCUUUCUGCCGCUGACCCUGCGUGGAUGCAGGAGAUGACGCCACUGAGGACCAGCAGAGGUUUUCCUCCUUCACCCUCCCCCAACCUCGGGGUUAAUGGAGCCCAUUCUCGCUGCCAAACCAGUGAGGCCACCUCCAUCCCCCUGGCUCUGGCCACAGAAUUUCAUCACUAUCCAGUUACAAUCCAGAUUGAUCAGAUUAUAGAUCCCCCAUUCCCCUCCGGGGCUAGGGCACAGACAGGCCCAAAUCCCUGGCAGACAGCAACAGGGAAAGGUAGCUCUCCGAACCCAAGACUUAUCAGGAGCGGCUUUGGAGGCCCAGGAAAGUGCCCUGGUUUGGCACUGCUACUUUCAGGUCAAAUCUUAGUCCCCCAGAGCGCAGUGGGAGUUUUGCCAUUGCUUACCCCUGGGGACCAGGAUUGAAGCCUUUAGCAUGGAAUCCCUUUGCUUGAGGCUUUGCUUAUUCUCAGCUCUUUUAUUUCCACCCCCUAAACGUGCACCAGAUCAGAGGAUCCUAUUCCAGGUUCCCCAGGGAGCCUGCAGCCAGUCCCUCCCCCCCACCAGAAUGAAUGCGGCUGAGCAGCAGAAUGCUGUUGACUAGCUGGGAAGGGAGGCAGAGGUAGGCGUGUGGACUGCUCGGAGAUUCCCAGUGCUCGGGGCUGCUCCAAGGCUUCCACACUCCUGACUCCUGCAGUAGCUUAGACGGUGCUUAGCAGACUCUAGUGGGUCUGACAGAGAGCCUUUUCCCCACCGCCUGGGACAGCGCCGCCCAAGCCCAGAAGUAGCAACGGGCCAGAGAUCGAAUCCCAGCUCCGACAGAGUCAUCCGGUGACCUUGAGCAAGUCCAGUUUCUCUAGUUGGAAAACAGGCACAGUGCUUCCCUGCCUCGCAGGGCUGCAGUGGAGAUUAACGUAGGUGCGCGGAAAGCCCUCCGCACAAAGCGUGAUGGCAGAGCGGCCUGUGCCUCACCCGGCAGAGACAUGAGAAAUGGCAAAUUAACUGGGGAAGGUGGUUGGAAGAUAAGAGGAUGUUUUGCAAGGAGCUUUGGCAACGAGACUAAGUUGUACAAACCAGAGCCAGUAGAUCCAGGCUCAAAUGCACGGGAAUAGCCCACUUGUUUCCUGCUGUGUAAUGAUACCGAGCCAUGUAGUACCCUGUCAGGUUGCUGCUUGGGGUAUUAUGAGCCUUGUCUGCAAAAUGUCAGCUUCUGCUUUGCCUCCCGUGAUCCUUUACUAAAAAUGGCAGCUGAUGGCCUUGAGGUUUGGAGUGAGUGAAAGGCAGCCCUGCCUUUAAGCCCCACCCAGGGCCUUGCCCCGUGGAAUUUUUGUGGGCAACCUGUGCGCUCUGAAUGCGCCGUGGGGACCCGCCUCGCUGAUGUCUCGCGGCACAUUGGAAGUAGAAAGGGAGGCUCAUUGAACCUGGUCCUCUCUAAUGCCAGGUGCUGUUGAGAGCAUUAGUGAGCAGGUCCUCUGCUCCGUGCUCUUGUUCAUGCCUCUCUGCAUCCUAGCUCCCUCACUGCUUAGAUAAA